AUGUCCACACCACCUCCAACGCCUUCUUCUUCCUCCUCUUUUUCCUUUAACCGUGCGUCGAUUCCGAUACUUCCCCAUGACUUGAUGGAACAACUCAGCCGAGAGCUGACUUGUAGUGUUCUAAAUGCAGCAGCUGCAAUAUCCACAAAUGCAGAAGAGUACACAUAUAACGUCAGCUUUAUGUUACUGCAGUGCAUGAACGAUGUGUCGCCAUCAUCGGAAGCAUGCUCCACAAGUUCGUCGGCAUAUCAACGCGGUGCCAAUAGUUCUGCCAAUUCUUCAUCAUUAGCGUCGGAAUCACAUCAUCACUCUGGCUCCUCGUCAUCACGGCCUAUGAGCGGUAUGGACGAUCUAUUGCGGCCGGAACGAUUUGACCGUAUAAUGCACAUGUCUCCGCCUGCCCAAUACAUUCAAGAGCAACACUCGUGGAAUCCCGAAGAUCGAUCGUUGAAUAUUUUUGUUAAAGAUAAAGACAAAUUCACAUUCCAUCGUAAUCCAGUCGCACAGAGCACCGAUUGUAUUCGUGGAAAAAUAGGCUACAGCCGCGGGUUCCAUGUAUGGCAGAUCGAGUGGCCAGAACGUCAACGAGGAACACAUGCUGUUGUUGGGGUUGCGACGAAAACAGCACCAUUGCACGCGACUGGUUACACGGCGUUGAUAGGAACAACGAACGAAAGUUACGGAUGGGAUAUCACACGACGAGAAUGCCAUCAUGAUUCAAAGAACACCAUGACGUGGAGGUAUCCAUUCAGUAAUAGCCGCGAAGUGUAUCAUGUUCCAGACAAGUUCUACUGUAUUCUGGACAUGGAUGAAGGAUAUAUGGCAUUCGCCACUGAUGACGAAUUCCUCGGAGUUGCAUUCAGGAACUUGAAAGGAAAGACGUUAUACCCAAUAGUGGCUGCCGUAUGGGGACACUGCGAAAUCAGCAUGCGCUAUCUUGGAUCUCUUGAACGUGAGCUUAUUUCUUUCGAUUCUCCACCAUCAACUCCACGACGUCAACCACUGAGACCACCACUUCCACACCACCACAGCAGUCGCUAUCCCUCCCCGCCACGUUCACUUUUUCAUUCGCCAGUUUAUAAACCCCCGCCUAGAAGUAGACAUCCUUCUGAUUCACCUGCUGCACUAAGAGCAGCCGCUGCGGAAUCACCCGCUCUACCGUUCUCCCCCUUUUCCGAUCUUGCAAAAAUAUUCUCAUUUUACGACCUACAGGCUGGUGGAACAUCAAGCUCUUCUAGUUCAUAUUCCCUUUUUGAACCACCAGCCGAAUGGCAGAAAUUCGACGAGGAGUGUGUUAGUAAUGACUCUCCACGACGUAAUCCUUCUCUAGAUGUCCCACUUCUGUUGGAUGAGACUCCCAGCGCAUCUUCCUCACCAUAUCUCUAUCUUCCGGCCCCACCAUCAGUUAAAGCACCAAGUGAACUUUUUGGCCCGCCAUUAACACCGGGUGGCUCGAAAAUGCAAACUGAUGAGCAAGGUCUCGGAACAUCUUUUUUAUAG